CAGGAGCAAGACAUUCACACCUGAGAACACUCAAGUCCUCUCACCAGCUCAACCCAACUCAGCCCCAGACACCAUGACCGGCUCCUGCUGUGGCUCCACCUCCACCUCCACCUCCCUGGGCUGUGGGGGAGGCUGCUUCCAGCCCUGCUGCUGCCGCGACCCCUGCUGCUGCCGCCCCGUGUCCUGCCAGACCACCGUGUGCCGCCCCGUGACCUGCGUGCCCCGCUGCACGCGCACCAUCUGCGAGCCCGGCCGCCGCCCAGUGUGCUGUGACCCGUGCAGCCUGCAGGAGGGCUGCUGUCGCCCCAUCACCUGCUGCUCCACGUCCUGCCAGUCUGUGGUCUGCCGCCCCUGCUGCUGGGCGACCACCUGCAGCCAGCCCAUCUCUGUGCAGUCCCCGUGCUGCCGCCCCUCCAGCUGCCAGCCCGCCCCCUGCCAGACCGUCUGCAGGACCUUCCCCAGCUGCUGAGCAGUGCAUCCUAGGAUCGCAUCAUUACUAAGUGUCCCCCAGCAUAUGGUCUGGUCCAUCCUACUGUCCCAUAGCUUCACAGCAGAACAUGUCUUUUCCUGAGAAGCCCAUUCCUCCUCUCUUCAAACUACCCACAGGGGACAUGGAAGACACCUUUCAGACUAAUUACUGAUGAAGAAUACCCUGUCUUCACAAGACCCCAGCUCACUCCUAUAUCAUGUUGUUGGUUUUCUAAUAAACUUAGCAUUCCCAGCAUAGAAA